AUGGUCGCCGGGAGAAAGGACCUGUCUGCGGCUUUGUUGGCUUCCGAUAUGCAACAUUCUGUGGAAGAUGAUGUGCGAAUCGACGAUUCCGAGAACUUGUCCGCAGAACGUGCGAGCCAGAUAGACAUGGCUACAAAUGUCAGAUCUUGCCCAGAUGAACUCCAUCAACAGACUUCGCCAGCUAACACAGACCUCGAGCAUCACGACGGGGAUGGCGAUCUCUCAAAUACCUUGCCGGGAAGCGGAAUGCUGCCACAUCCAGAGGGGAAGCACAAUGUCGAGCCCAAAGAUUCCUGGCCACAAAGGGGCAGAGCUUUGAGAAGGACUCGGAAGGUUCCCAAUCCAUUGUCAAGAGCCGAAUCUCGAAAUAGAGCCAAUGAUGCAUCGAUUGAAGUCAACGUUAGGUUCAUGAAGAAAAGCCCAACAAGAAGAGGUGCGUUUUAUAAAGGCCGGUCGAGCUCUCUUGGCGAGUUAGAAGAUAUUGUUUUAGAACCUUUGGCGCCUGGCCAGAUGUGUGCCAGUGUCAAUGAAACACUGGAAAGGGGCGGAACCCCAGUUCCCACGACUCGAAAACCGUCCGUGAGAAGCACAUCCGACCAAUACAGCAUUAGAAGCAAGAAGAUUCCGUGGGCCACUCGUACCAGAAAGGUGGCCGCGACCAACGACUCCAAGCCACGCUCUCACGCCGAGACCAUAUCUGCUAGAGGAGUCAUACAAUCCAUAAGAAGUGGCCGAACACUUCAUUUAGACGUGGAACGUUUACCCUCCUCGCCUCAGACACGGACCUUAAGUCACGACGAACCAGAGGGCCUUGUAGAGAAGCCAUCGACAGCAUCGGUUCUUCCGCCAGAAAUACUGACAAAGAUUUACAGGCGGCUCUCACCUUCAGAUUUUAACUCUGCUAGGCACUCGUGUAGGUCAUGGUUCAUCAGUAGCUUGGAGCAUUCCUUGCUGGAGACAAUGCUGAAGCGAAGUGGGUGGUUUGCUAGCAUACAGCGAGAGUUGUUCAACAAUAAAUAUCUUGACGAUCACCUUCGCAUGACAGAUGAAUGGCUUAUGAGCAAGCACCUAGCUAAAGAAUGUGCUCUUGGGCCCGAUUGGCGGGGGAAUGGCAUACCAUCUCUACCAACAGAGCAAAUCCCGACACAUUCCAAAGGAGUAGCGAAUAAGACACCAUUCCGACUCAUCUCCAAGCUGGAUUUUACCAAUAUGGGUACCCAUUACCCUGGUUCAAGUUCUGAAGCAUGUGGCCUGCUUUUCAUCGUCAGUGCAUGUACCAAAUUUCUCAUGGUGGCACGAGGGUGUAUGGUGUUUGUCUAUGAACUCAACCGAAGUCAUAGAACAGGGAAAGGAGCUGACGAUAUCGAAAGUGGAGCAAUCCGACCAAUAACAAGUAUAAUUUGCCCUAGAAGGGUGCUUGGCUGCAGUAUGGAUACUUCUUCAAACCGCGAUGCAAUUGCUGUUCUGAUGGAUGGUCGCAUGGGUCUUGUGUGUGCCAUAACAGGAAACACGAAUCGUCCCGGGCCGACUAGGACGCGAGACUUGAGAAAAAUGCAAGAACAAUCGAAUGUUUUCCCAGUAUUGCGCGGGGGGAGUUGGAGACAGAACGUAUCACUUGGGACUUCGCAUUCUCUUCGUUCCUCUCCAGAGGCUUCAAAUCAAUACCUUCGGGUCUCUGUCCUGGCUCCUGGACAACCUCUGGCAGAUAGAUAUUCAGGCCGUGAGUUAGGGGAGAGAUACGUUGGCCGCGAUUAUUAUACAUCGACUGCACAAAGGAGAGUAAGACCUGAACCGCAGACGACAUCUUCCUAUCUGAUGCCGACGGAGGCAUCGCCACCAACGCUUUACACUCUCAUAUGUUCCCCUGAUGACCCUCCAAGGUCCAUCGCCAUAUGCCCUCAGCGCCGUUGCGUUGCCUUUGGAUGUUCAUCAGGGAUUGAGUUGCAUUGGAUUGAUGCGUUGACAGGAGAGGAUCUAAACCGUUGGUUCCCACUUACAGCACCUAGCGACCAUCUCUACUUUCUUCCCCCUAGGACGGGAGUAGAUUUAGCAAAGAAACUUCGCUUGGUGAGUACCCAAGGCACACCGAGAGAGAGAAUCUCUGUUGGUGAACGCUUCUCUGGGCAUAAAAGGUCUAGCGUAUUCUGGGCCCAGGGCGGAUGGGAUGCUAAUGACAUGUUCGUUGAUACGGAUAUUGAAUCUGAGUCUCGAGGCCGCAUCAGAAAUGGCAGCGAACAUUACCGGGCUGUACCUCUCAGUGACGGCUAUCAUCUGUUAUUCAUAGAUCCAAACUCUGGUGUUCUCUGCCUGGGAAGUGAUGCACCGUUUGGAGGGCCAACAAAAUUGUUGAGAAAGCUGUGGUUUUCUGGCCCCGUUGGUGAAGGCAGCCCGGUUGCCUAUGCAGCAGCCUGUGACCUUCGGUGGGGAGUCCGAGUUAUUGCGGCAUAUGGACUGGGUAAAGAGCAAACUAUUUGUCUUUUCAGUAUCCCUAUAGAUGUAUUCACUGAUGGCCAUGGAAGAGGAGAGCAACCUCACAUUAUCAAUUCCUUUGCUACCAUUAGUAGAGAAACGGCGAGGGGAAACGCAGACUGGAUGCCUUGGUGGGGCAAUGACGGGGACCGCCUCCUGCAAUGGCCCACCUUCGGAUAUGGUAGCAGGACGAACACGAUGUGGCCACUCCAGGUUCGGGGCCAACAGGUUGGACAGUGUGCAGGACUUGUUGAUGUAGCAAUUCACACUGGGUCAGGGGUUGGCAUUACUAUCUGGGCGUUUACCAGGCAGGGAGUAGCACUCACUUGGAAGCUUGACCGUGGAACGCCUCAUCACGACCACAUCCAGAGGUUAGUGGUGCAAGAUGGCACUAUUAGAGAAAUCGAUGGCAACGGGGAUAUCGAAAUGUGUGACCGACCUGCGUCACGUCCUGGUAGCGAUUUCGAUGCAACGCCCUCUCAACAGGAGCAGUUCGAUGGAACGGCUUCUGGGCUCUCCUCGGAAGUGACCAGAAGCUCUCGGCGUCGGCGCAACAGCUCGAGCUUAGAGCAAGACGCCGAAGGCCAGGUGUUAAUGGAUAGCCUGCGUAAUCACGAAUCCCGCGUUGUCACUCAAGAUGACCGCGAGGGAGAUGCAGAUUGUUUGAAGAGGCGUAGUAGGUUUGAGACCGAUCAUUCAUUCGAGGCCAUUGCUAUGGCGAAUGAUGGCGAUGGCCUCCACUAUGGUUAUCGGCGUGAUUUGGUCGAGCAAUUGACAGGAGUGGCCAGGAUAGAUAUUGAGAUUAGGUAA